CCCCAAGCCGGUUCUCCAUCUUAGGUCCUACUAUCAUGCUGGCGACUCCUCGGCUGGGCGACCUGACCAGGACGCACCGGUCGCUCUGGCGGGGGCAGGAUAGCUUCAAGAGCGUCGAGGCCUUCGUGGCGUUGUUGCGGGUGGCGCCGUCCGUGGACAUUUUGAAGAUUUCCUGUAAUGUCUCAAGUAUUGAUCCCGUCCGUGUCCAUUUCUUGGGCUUAUCUACCAGUUUGGAGUUGGUGGUGAAGGUGAGGGGCCAUUGGAGAAAUAGCCGGAACUCACUGCUCGUGGAGUGGACGGACAGCCUCUUACGGAAGCUUGGGCCGCAGCUGAGACAACUUGAUGUCGAAGAGCCGGGACUGGAACAGCUUUUCGACCGUUUAGUGGAUGCUCGCUGCCUGGAGACGCUUCACGUCAAAAACUGGUGGAUGAAGGAAAAGGGGCCUGACCCGCGUAGGGAAGACUUAUGCUGGCCACAGGCGGUGGUGCUGCCCUGUCUGAACUCUGUAAGUUUGGCAAUCAACAAGGGUGACGAGUCUUUUCUCCCAAGAGGUUCCUGUGCGUUUGGCUCGCUGUUGAGAGCACACAGCGGGCAGCUGCGCUCUUUGAAGCUGGGAAGGCACCCCAAUGAGCUUGUAGACGCCUGCCCCCGCGAUCUCCACAGCCUCGAAGUAGUAAUGCAGUUAGGUAUGGCGUCGAAACUACAGCGAAUCACCGGGCUAAAGGAACUCAGGAUUGUACAGCCGAACAGCAUCAGUGCCCUGUAUGACGAGGUGGAGAACUUGUUCAGGACGUGGCCGGCAAUACUUGAACGCCUCGAGAUCCGCUAUUGGCGUCACGAGACCAUGCAAGCCGUUGUGGCGGGCAGGCUUUCGAACCUUCAGCAUCUUGUUCUCAAAUGGUACAGAGACUGGAAGGAAUGGGAGAACCCGCUUUCCCUCUCAGGGGUGCGCCAGCUGAACGCAACCCUUACCGGCCUGCCCCGCUUGCGCUCGCUCGUCCUGUUCGACAACCUGUCCCUCGAGGAGCUACGCGCCAUCUCCCACGACGCCAUCCCCACCCUCGAGCUGCUCGUCGUCGUGCCCUUUCGGAGGCAACAUUAUGUCCGUGAUCAUCGGUGUGGGGGUUUGGAGAACGCCGACGAGGUGGAGGGCCUGCUUGCGGUGCUGCAGGGCCUGGUGCGCGGCGGGCCCAGCUCGCGCCACGGGGUGCUCCAGCUGCUGAGCGACUGCCCGGGCCCGGAGUCGUCCAGACCUGCGGGCGGGCCCCGCCUGCUCUCGAGGCAUCCCGCGCGAGAGGCAGACUACUGCAAGCUGUGCGCCGAGGCUGCCGACUCCCUGCGUCCCAUCCUCGCAUCGCACUACUCGACUUGCACGCCAACUGUACCCGACUGGAAGUAUGUUCAAGUGCUGUAGUAGUCGUCCCUAGGUGCUCGCGCACACAUGUGUCAAACGAGUGGGGGGUCCGAGCACUGAUUAAACAAGUGCCGUCCGUUG